AUUUGACAGUCCGACAGUCGCUCAUAUGACAUAUUUUAUAAUUAUUUUUAAAAAUAUUUUAAAUAACUACUAUUCUUAUAGCUUAAAUUUAAAGUAAAUAAAACAUGGAUAUUUUUCGGAAAAUAUUUGGUCUACACCAUAAUGAAGAUCAAUCCAAUAGAUCUUGGGGAAUUCCUACAAUAAAUGAAGAAACUGAUAGACCUGAUAAUGUUGCUCCUGAAGACCCAUUUAAUAGAAGAAGCUUUGACGUUUUUUCAGAUCCCAUCCAAAUGCAUCAAUAUUUUGAAAGUCAGUUGAAUGAAGUACUUAAAAUGUUUGGGUUUCAUGGAAAUGGAGAAUUUUCUAUUGGAUUUCCUGAUUUACAUGACAGUUGGACACAAACACCACAACAACAUGAAAAUGAGAAUUCUCAAAAUAUACGCGAUCAGUUUUUGAAACCAGGCUAUGAAAAGCCUAAAACACAUUAUUCGGAAAUGGUAGAUAAAGAUCUGGAUGAUAAAAUUAAAUCUGGCGAUAUCGCUUCAGUGUUAGGUGAUAAAUUUGAUCGUCAAAUUACUCCACAUCAACCACAAGUUUCUAAGAACUUUUUUUAUGGAACUAGCCAAAGUAUGAGGACAAUUAUAAAUCCAGAUGGGUCGAUUGAAACACACCGCACGAUGAGGGACAACGACGGUAAUGAAGAAAGUACUGUUUGUCAUAAAAUCGGGGAUAAGGAAUAUUGUGUCAUCAAAAAGAAGAACAAACAUGGCCAAGAAGAAGUUACCGAAAAUUACACAAAUAUGACAGAACAAGACAAGGAUAUAUUUACAAAACCUAGACAUUCUCCACAAAUUCAAGAUAGGACCAGCCCUUCUGAUUUUCCUUGGAGUAAAUUUUUCUAAUUUGAUUCUACAUUUGAACAAUAUUUAUCAAAAAGUACAAACAUAAAGGUAGAAUCUAAACUCAUAGGAUGUUUUAUUGAUUAUUAAAAAUACAUGAAAGCUAACAGUUUCCAUUCCAAUGCAAAACAUUGGCAUAAAGUAGUGCCAACAAUUUCAUUUAUGCACAAGUUAAUGAUUUUAUUUUUAGGUUUGUACUU